AGUGCCAACUACAACUCCAGCGCCGAGCUCCCACCACGAAACAACACUUCUUCCUCCACCUCCCGCAACCAUGGCCACCGCGAUACCCUCAAUCGCUUGCUUAGGCAUCAUCGGCCGCAAUAACAACCCCCUCCACAUCUCCAUCUUCCCCUCGCACGACCCAGCGACCAACACCUUCGCCCCGAUCCGGACGUCGCUGCAGUUCUCCCUCCUCCUCUCCUCCUCCAUCGACGUCUUCGACUUGCGCGCCAAGCACAACGCCGUCUCGGGUGUCGGCCUCUCGGGCGACUUCGGCCUGCUGCACGCCGUCGACGACCGCCUCGCCGCGUACGGCUUCGAGACCAACACGGGCGUCCGCAUGGUCUGCGUCGUCGACAUGCGCGGCCGCCGCGUCGACAGCUCGGCUGCGGGCUCCCGCGGCGUGGGCACCGGCCUGCGCGACGCGGAGCUCAAGCCCGUGUUCCGCGCCAUGCAGAACGCCUAUGUGCAUCUCCUGCAGAACCCCUUCUACGACCCGGACGAGCAUGCGCCCCUUGGGAGCAUGGGCGGCAAGAAGAUUACGAGUCGCAAGUUUUCCGACGACAUGAAGAGGAUAGGAGAGGGCUGGACGCCGGGGGUAGCAAACCUCUGAGCGGAAGCACGAUGGAUCAUGACAGCAUAUAUGGCGUUUGGAGUAUGGCAUAAUAGGAUAUCCGGUCAGAGACUUUAAUGCUCACCCUUUAGACAGCCGCUUUCAAGCAAUGGCACAUUUCGUUUCAUU